AUGAGUUGUGAUGAAUGGAACACGUUCAUCCAGGUGAACAUUUAUGGGCAAACUCUACAAGCUUUGAAGCAACGAGGAGUGGUCCUGGAGACAGUUUUAAACGAUUUGGGUUGCUCUAAACUGUGGAUCACUGAAGGAAAACUGUACAAUGAGCAUGCAACUACAAUCGAUUCAGAAGACACAUCCACUAUCGUUGUUCCAGUCUUCAGCACGACGACCGUCGAGGAGAAGUGUCCCCGGUUCUCGACUCCGGCGGUUUCACAGAACGAAUUGCAACGAAAAUUCACAUUGAACUUGCCGAUAAAGUUGUCGGAAAUAAAUUCUAGUUUUGAGGAGGACGGGUUUUCAAUGGAAAUGGAUGAUAGAGAAGAAAACGAUGGCGUCAUUGUAGAAUUGCUCAAGGAACUCGUUGAAAAAGCUUCUGAAGAGUUUGAAGAAAUUCCAGUUGCCCCUGAAUUCAAUCCUAGCAACGAUUACACAGAAAGACCCCUUCUAAGUACCACUAUCGUCAAAAGAGGACCUCGAUAUUCGACUCCAAUCGCUUCGGAAGUGGAUCUCAGCGAGGUUUUCGCUCUCGACAUGCCCGAAAUUUUCUCGGAUAUUGAAUCUAAUGAUGAUGAUGGGAUAGAGUCAGAAGUUCAGUUUCAAAGGAAAACACUUCGAUCGAUAUCUACAGUACCCUCUGUCAAACGAAGACAAUCCAGACGUUUGAGUGCUCCAGAUUUGAAAGGAGUGGACCGGAAAAAUGGGGAGAAACCAAGGCUACAAAGACUAUGCUUAACAAGAAGCACAACCGAGAGAGAAUGUUCACAAUUGAAGAUUCCGAAAUUCUGUUCGAUGAAUCCAGAGAUCUACAGAACGGAGACAAAUGCUGCCCAGUUAUUGGCAAGAAUCGAUUCUAUUCAUAAUGGAAGCCAAGUGAAAGGAGAUGCAGCUGUAAGAACUUUUGAAGUGCCUGAACCACAUGAUGAACCACAUGAUGAUUUAUCAAUGCCCCAUUAUCACGAAAUGGAGAAUAUUGUCUAUGAUCAGUCAUUCAAUCAGUAUGAUUUCGACGAAGAAGGAGGAGAUUAUCACUCGAUUCCAGAAGAAUCCGAAGAAACCCUUCAAAUCGAUAUGUACACCCCUCCACCACUUCCAAAUACCAUUAAAACGAAGUCAAUCAUGAAAUCUGUGGAUGGACCAACAAUGGGGAAUAAAAAGGCGGUUUCAUUCAAAACGCCACCAAAGAAUCGAGAUAAUACACUUCAUAUCAUUCAGUGCUGCUUCAAAGGAUGCAAAAAAGGGCUUCAAUGGCGUCGAAAAUAUGGGAAAAUCCAUCUAGCCAACCACGCACUCUCUCAUUUGAAGGAGAAAUGCAUAAAAUGCAAGAAUUGCGAUUUCCGAGCAAAUUCUGUCACCCAGAUUCGCUACCACUACAAAACGAAGCAUUCGGAUGUGAAGAUGGAGGGAUUCGGGAUGAUUUGCGACGAGUGGAACAAAUUUAUUCAAGUGAACAUUUACGGACACACGCUUCAAGGCUUGGAAGAACAAGGUGUGGUUCUCGAAGCCCUUUUGAACGAUGUCGGCUGCUCGAAACUAUGGAUAGUAGAGGGAUCAAUGUACAAAGGAGAGUCAUUCGAUCAGUCCACUAUUGAAUCCGCAACCGAUGUGACUGUCCCAGUGCUUAGCACAACUAUCGCCGAUGUGAAGUGUCCCCGGUUUUCGACUCCGGCGGUUUCUCAAAACGAAUUGCAACGACAAUUCACAUUGAAUUUGCCUGUAAAGUACUCGGAGAUCAAUUCCAGUUUUGAGGAGGACGGUUUUUUAAUCGAUGAGCAACCUGAAAACGACGAAAAUGAUGACGUCAUUGUACAAUUGCUUAGCGAACUCGUUGAAAAAGCUUCUGACGAGUUGGAAAGUCCAGCGAAUCCUAACGAGUUGAUUGAGAAGGUUGUGGAUGGUGACGUUACAAGAUCGAAGGUGCUAAGCACCACUUACGCUGACGUUCCCCGGUAUUCAACUCCAAUCAGCUCUGAAAUCGAUCAAGAUGAAGUUUUCACAUUGAACAUGCCGGAAAUUCUCUCUGAUAUUGAAUCCAAUGACGAUGAUGCGAUUGUUACUUCAGAAGACCGUAAAAGGAAAUAUGGGCGGUCUGUGUCAGCAGUAAAACCUUCAACUAGACGUUCCAGACGAUUGAGUGCUCCGAACCUGAAAAGCAAGUUGAAAGGAAAAGCAGAUGAAGAAGAGCCGAAAAUGAAGCGACCAGCGUAG